GCAUUAUGUAAAUAUGCAUGUUUUGGGAGAAAGAUUGUCAAUUGAGUAGUAGAGAAGGGGUAGGUUUAAAUAAGCAUAUGCUUCAUCCUACUGCUUUUCGGACAUGUUGGGUUCACAUUAUUACUUUUGUUUUGACUAUUGUUAUUGUUGUUUUGACUAUUCUCAUUGGAUUUGGUGUUUUUCAGUUUACUUUGUCGUGUUACUCACACAAAACAAAACUAAAUAUUCCCCCCCAUGUUAACUUUUGUAUGUCAUAUUUUAUUCUAGAAAUAUUGAUUUUUAAAAAGCUUUUUUUAUUAGUUAUUCAUGAAGCUGUGAUGACUGGUUACUCUGUAAUGUAGCAGCAUAAACACUUGGUAAAAGAAAGCUCUCCACUGAAAAUCAAUAUCUCUCUCUGUUGUUUCCUGUCAGGAUGAGUUCCUCCUCCCUCCUCUCACCCCCCUCCCCUCCUCCCCCCGCCCCGCUCCCCCUCUCGUCCUCCCCGUCUCUGCGUGGCUGUCCUGAACUAGACCUGUCCGUCACGCUCAGUCCUGCACCCAAGACCGUCCACACACACCUAAAACCCCACCUACUGAAGACGAGUCAGCAGAGUGAGCAGUCGAUGCCUCCUCGCCUCCAGGGACAGACGAGAAGAAAAAACUCACAGGUGUGUUUUGAUGAGAGAGUGGUCGUCACGGUAACGCCGGAGCAGAGCAAAGACACUUUGCCUCAGCAGCCAAUCAGAGGUCAGAGGAGAAGCAGGGGAUGUAACCAAGCCAACACAUGGUGGGCGGAGCCUCCCGUUGCAGUGACCAGUCAAUAUCCGAGCGGUCUGGAGAAGGCGGGGCUAAACACCACUCUGGCGCUGAAGGCGGAGCUUCAGUCACUGCAGGGGGCGGAGUUUAACUCCCAAAAGGUUCUUCAGGAAACCCUGCAGAAGUCAAGGAGUACCAAAAACCUGAUCAACACCAGAGCAACUGAAGAAGUGAAUGUCUCUCGCUCUCAGCUUCUCUUCACCUCAUUGGUCAGUGUCAACGUGCAGCAGGAUCAGCUGAUCAGCCAGCUGCUGCCCACCAGGCUGACCCCUCCCCUCCCCUGCCACGGCAACCAGACGCCAUCAGACGGACCUUCCCUCCUCCUCUUCAUGACCUCAGACCACCUCAGACAGAAGUCCGUCCCACUGGAGGAGGAGCCUGUCAACUAUAAGCCCCGCCCAUCAACGUAUCCCGCCUCCUCGACCUUUGACCUCUAUAGAAGAGGGAGAUGCUGAAAGGCUACAGGAAAGCUCGGAUUGGCUGGACGUAUUGGUGCACCAGUUGGUCAGACAGAUGAUAAUAAUGAUCUAUUUUUGUAAUUAGUAUGAACUGUAAUCUGUUUUAUUGUUGUUUUGUUUUUCUAAUAAAGUCUUUAAAGUAAAA